UGAAAAUGAUGAAAAUGAAGGGUUAAAUUGAAACUAUGGUGUGGUGAUUUCAUAUGAUUUUUUUAAUAUAUAUAUAUUUAUUUUUUAAAAUUUUAAAAUAAAAAUAGUAACGAAUUAAAUUAUUUUAAUUAGAUAAGAAAAGUAAAAAUAAUUGGAUCAAAUUCCUAACAUUUGUGAUGAGCAUGUAUGGCAAAACGCUGUCCACUAAAUUUGCAAUAUAAAAUCCCAAAACUUUGAAAAUUACAUCUCAAAUUAAUCGAAGAAGGAGACACCAAUCCCUUCUCUUAGGGUUUUCAGAGCUGAAAAAAUGGCGGUUGUCAGAACCACUACCAAUGUCAUUCUCAAUAGACUUCUCCAACCAUCGAUUUCUCUUUCCUUGCUGGUCUCCGACUCCAGUAAGGCCACCACCACUAUCAAUGCGAUGCCGCGCCGCUCAGCUCUGCAGCGAGGGAUCAACCUGGCCCAAGUCCGGUGCGCGGCUUCGGGUUCCGAAGGUGGCGGGAAGGUUUCGUCUCGAUUGUCGCAUGUGCAGCAGCUCUUGCACGAGGCUGAGGAGCGGGCUCUCGAGGCUGACGACGGUCCUACCCCUAAUAUCACUCUCGACCAUGUAACAGUGAGUUUUGCUAGAAGUGGUGGCCCUGGGGGUCAGAAUGUUAAUAAAGUAAAUACGAAGGUGGACAUGCGCUUCAAUGUUAAAGAUGCACAUUGGCUAAGUCAAAGGAUCAGGGAGAGGAUUCUGCAAAUGGAAAAGAAUCGAAUAAACAAGGAUGGGGAGCUUGUGAUAUCUUCAACAAGGACUAGAACACAGAAGGGUAACAUUGAAGAUGCUUUGGAGAAACUUCAGGCAAUCAUUGAUGCUGCUGCUUAUGUUCCUCCUCCUCCUUCCGAAGAGCAGAAGAAGAAAAUUGCAAAGAUGGCUGCUAUUGGCGAACAAAAACGUCUUAAAAGCAAGAAGGUUCUUUCCGAUAAGAAGGCGUUCAGAAGAAGUCGGAACAGUUGGGAUUAACUUACCAUAUGGUGUUAGUAUUUUGAGAUCAUCAAAUAUGUUCGUUCCUUUUCUUCAUCACUUGGAGUACGAUUCUUCAUAUAUAACUUCUAAUAUUUUGUAUUGGUAUAUAUAUAUAUCCAUUUUUUCUCUUCGCCCAUUUCUAGUAACAGUUAUUAUUUUUUUUAGGGGUCUCAAAGAUGCAUUUUGCAUUAGUAAUCCAUACAAACAAAAAUCUAGAGAUGAAGAUUAUUGUAAAUUCCUUGAUGAACAAGCUGCUUUCUAGAUUGAUUACACAUUGAAAUGACUGAUUAUGAUAUGAACACUGUACAUUGUAGUUCUCUUUCUUGAUGUAAGACUAGUCUAAAAGUGAGUGCGUGCAUUUUGCAAAUCUUUGAAUUGAA